GGUAAGUAGCAAAAAUUGCGUUGGAAAAUUACCUCACCCACUUGAAACAUGUUGCCGAACAAGAAGCAAGCCCGACAACACCCAGCCCUUGAGAAAUCGAAAAUCCCGGAUCUGCUCUGUUCUUCCUUCCCUGCUGCUGAUUUCAGCUUGGUGAGGGUGGGGAUUUUUUGAUUUUCUGGUAAGGGAACCACCAUGAAAUCAUCUCUUUAGCUUUGAUUUGGCUUGGGUUUACUCUAAUUCCUCUUGGUUCUCCUAAUUUUUGGUAGCCCCGUGAGCUUCACCUGCAGAUUGUCGCCGGCCCUCCCCAAGCCACAGCUCCGGUUUUGCUAGGAAAAUUCUGGUAUGUUGACAGCUCCUCCAAGCCUAAAAUUAUCCAUUUAAUUUGCUGUCUUGUGAUGUCCGAAAUUCUGCAGAAAAUGGGGAUGAAUUCCGGUAUCUUUAGGACAAAAUUAAGCAUUGAUUCAAGUGGGAUUUAUGUGAUUAAGUGUUAAUUGAUUGUUAUGAGAUUUUGGAGAGAAAUCCCGUGAAUUAGCUAAUGUUUUGGCCAAUUUUUGGAAGUUGCAGUACUGUUCACGGCGUGAGCACUGUUCACGAUACUGUUCAUGGGUAAUGGCCAACAUUUAAUGGGGAUUUAAAUGUUUAGUUUGUGAUAUAAGAAUAAAUUUGGAGAUGUCCGAUCAUGUGAAGAUUGAUAGAAAUAGUAUCAUGAUUAGGGGUAGUCAUGGUGAUUUUACUUUUGAAUCCAUGUCACAUAAUUAAUUUUUGGAUAUUUUGAUUAGGUUCUUGAUCGUUCUGUUAGUUUAGCACUGAGAUCGAGUCUUCGGUUUUAUGCAAGUGAGGUAACUAAAUUUAUGGUAAUACCCAUACAGUUUUUAAAAGCAUGUUUUAACUUGUUUUGAAGUGGUGGCGAGACUAAACCCGUUUUAUACAAAAGUAAGUAUGAUUGAUUUGAAGUGAAAUUUUUAUGCUUUUCAUUAAAUUGAGCAUGCCUACUUAAAAUUUAAUUGAUUGUCCUGAUGAUCUGAAAGUGAUUGGUGAAUUAUGGUUUUUCUGUUAACUUCUGCCUGUUUUGUCUCCGAUGUGGUCAUGUUAUUAGUGACCCUGCUAAUGGGGGUUAUAAAUGCU